CGGGACUGGACGGUGUAUUUUGUAGAUAAAUCUACGGUCACACUGUCACAACACUACGCUAAAAUAAACUUUAAACCAUUAAAAUCAAUGAAAUAGUCGAACUAUCAAUAGACCGAGCUAAACCAGAGGAAAAUCUUCAGCGCAGGUUUGUUUGCUAUCUGGACAGAUAGAAUACACCAGCCAUGGCACACCUAUUGGAAAAUCAAUUGUUCAAUGCGGCCAAGACGAUCGAGCAGCAGCUGGACCAGCAGCUCGACCGCCUGGAUAACCUGGACUCUGACGACCUGAAGGUGUUGCGCGAGCAGCGCCUACGCGAACUGAAAGAGCUGAACAACAAGAAGCAAGAGUGGCUCAGAAAUGGCCACGGCACCUACACGGAGCUGGCUGACGAGAAAGAGUUCUUCGAGGUGUCGAAAAAGUCACCCAACAUCGUGUGCCACUUCUACAGAGACAGCGCCGAGCGGUGCCGCAUCGUGGACAUGCACCUGAAGACCCUGGCCGCUAAGCAUGUGGAGGCCAAAUUCUGCAAGGUGAACGCCGAGAAGUCCCCAUUCCUGACGCAGCGUCUGCGUAUCAAGGUGAUACCCACGAUUGCACUGGUGAAGGACAGCAAGACGAAGGACUUCAUUGUAGGCUUCACCGACCUGGGCAAUUGCGACGAUUUCGCCACGGAGAUGCUCGAGUGGCGCAUCGCCCACUCGGGGGUGAUUGAGUACAAGGGCGAUCUCAUGCAGCCGCCAGAUGUGAAGCGCAAGCCGUACAUGAACCGGGCGCAAAAGACAAUACGUGGCGGCUAUGAUUCCGAUGACUCUGACAUCGAACUGGAUGACUAACAACAGCCACCCAUUCCGUAACCUUAAGCCCAAAAGUCCCAGCCACACACAAAACACACAACAAAACCCACACUCAAAGCUUGGCCUGAAACAAAUCGAAAAAAACAAACAAACACACACACAAAUCAAAAGCUAGCACAUGGAUCUAAACCAAUUAGGCAUACUUUUUAGAGUUAUUUAUUUAAUAUUACGUUUUCGAGCGUAUUCCUGCUGCUGCGACCCUCCUCUCCCCCCUAUCCACUCCGCACAUUCAGUUCGUAUAGCAUUAGUAUUCGGUUGCCUUUUACCCCCGUUUAAACACUCUAGCGAGCUUAAAAGUACCCUAAUCUUAAUUAUAUCUCAUAUGAAACGAUGUUUAUAAAGCCUCAAUUAUUAUGCACGAUUAUGUAAACUCUUUAAUACUGUUUUUUACAAUAAUUUCUAAUAUUUUUA